AUGCUAGCAAGAACAGUUUUCGUUGGAUUUCGAACAGCUAACAGUUUCCAAUGGACUAAAAGAUUGCUAAAUGUAACAUCACAAGCUUUUCAAAGCUUCUCAAAAGAUGAUGCUAAAGGCGAGAAAGUUCAUUUUCCCGGUGCCACCCAAAGCUAUUUUACAGAUAAAAUGCAGUUUAUUCAGAGUAUUGAUCCAAUUUCAACUUAUCGAGUAAUGGAUAAAGAAGGAAAAAUUUUGGAUCCUGCUCAAGAGCCUCGGGUUUCCGAAGACUUUGCUAUUAAAAUAUAUAAAGAUAUGAUCACAUUAAACAUUAUGGAUCUAAUUCUUUAUGAAGCACAGCGUCAAGGUCGUAUUAGCUUCUACAUGACUAACUACGGUGAAGAAGCUUAUAUAGGAAGUGCUGCCGCGCUCGACAACGAUGAUGUAAUAUUUGGUCAAUAUCGCGAAGCUGGUGUUCUCUUAUAUCGCGGAUUUGGACUCGAUGAAUUUAUGAAUCAAUGUUACAGCAACGAGCAGGAUAAUGGCAAAGGACGACAAAUGCCCGUUCAUUAUGGCUCAAAAGAAUUAAACUUUCAGACUAUCUCAUCACCUUUGGCCACGCAGAUACCACAGGCUGCUGGCGCGGCAUACGCGUUGAAAAUGAGUGGCAAGAAAAAUUGUGUAAUGUGUUACUUUGGGGAGGGGGCAGCGAGUGAAGGUGAUUUUCAUGCGGCGUUAAAUAUUGCGGCUACGAUGAAAUGUCCUGUCAUAUUUUUUUGUCGUAAUAAUGGUUUCGCGAUAUCCACACCUGCAUUAGAACAAUAUAAAGGUGAUGGUAUUGCUAGCCGUGGUAUUGGUUAUGGUGUAGAUACAAUUCGUGUUGAUGGAAAUGAUGUUUGGGCUGUGUUCAAUGCAACACGAACAGCACGGCAACUAGCAACUGACGAAAAUCGUCCGGUCUUAAUUGAAGCGAUGACCUAUCGAAUUGGGCAUCAUAGUACCUCGGAUGAUUCUUCGGCGUAUCGAUCUAAAACUGAGGUUGAAAAUUGGAAACGUCUUGAUAACCCAAUAAUUCGAUUACGAAAAUGGUUAGAAAAUAAGAAUUGGUGGAACGAAGAAAAGGAAAAUGAUUUCCGAUCAGAAACCCGAAAAGAAAUUCUAAAAUCUUUUUCUCGCGCAGAAAAACUUCGGAAACCGUCACUUACUGAACUAUUUAAUGAUGUCUAUGAUCAACCGACGUCAAAUCUAAUUGAACAGAAAAAAGAAUUAAAACGUUUAAUUGAAAAAUAUCCCGAGAAUUACAAAUUAAUUAAAUUCAAAAAUGAAGGAAACGAUUUAUAG